AAGUGUGGCUUUCUCGGCCCCCGACGGUAGAAGAGAAUAUCGUUAUUUGGAAAUUCUGCCAUCACUCUUUUGUUUAGAUGGCGACUCCUAACCCAGUGGGAAGUGUUUACAGAUCUGUAGUAGAUGAUGUGAUAUCCAAUGUUCGUGAGGCAUUCCUUGAUGAGGGAGUGGAUGAACAAGUUCUCCAAGAGCUAAAACAGCUAUGGGAGAACAAGCUUACACAGACCCGGGCUCUGGAUGCAGCACCAGAACCUCAGGAGCCAGUCUCCUUACCAGCCACCAUCCAGUAUGCCCAGUUUACACCUCAGCAAACAGCUAUUGCGCAACCUGCAGUGAGACCAGCAGGGAUGGCCCAGACUGUCCCUGUACCUGUACAAAUAGCUGCUGGAAACCAAGGACAGGAGAUUAGUGCAUCAGCUGCUGCAGCUGCAAUGGCCUUGCCAACAGGACUGUUCCAUCAACAGUUACAGACAUUGGCUGCUCAGGGCCUGACUCUCCAUCCAACAGGUAAUGGUCAGUUUAUCAUCCAGGCCAUCAAUCAAGGUCAAGCUGGUCAGAUGACAACACUUGCUGCUGCCCAGCAGGUCGGAGGUCAACCUGUCACCACUAUCCCUACUGUUGUACAGACAUCAUCCCAGAAUCCACAAAAUAUACUCCAACUGGAUGGGGCAAAUGAUACAAGCUCCUCAGAAGAGGAUGAUUUUGACAAUGAUGAUGAUGAGGAAGAAAAUGAAGAUGAAAAUAAAGAUGAAGAGAAUGAUGAACCCGGUGAGGAAGAGGAACCGCUGAACUCUGAAGAUGAUGUCAGCGACGAGGAUCCUAUAGAACUGUUUGAUACAGAAAAUGUGGUGGUGUGUCAGUAUGACAAAAUUAACAGAAACAAAAACAAAUGGAAGUUUCACCUUAAAGAUGGUAUCAUGAAUCUCAAUGGCAAAGACUAUGUGUUCCAAAAAGCUACUGGUGAUGCGGAAUGGUGACCUGGAAAUAGAGUUUUGAGGACUGUAACUGUUCCAGACUUGCAUGUCAUAGUGAUAUCCAGUCUCCGGCCUAGGAUACUUGUGACCUAAUGUAUCAAUUCACAGAGCUGAGCUCAUGUGGUGACUUUUGGCUAAGUAUACCUCGGGAGGAUGUUCAGUAGACUUGUCACUGAGAUUGUGACAGCGGCCAUUCGUAAGGUGCUAUGAGAGGAUAGAGGGACAAAAAAGUCACACUACUUGUGUAUGUAGGAGAAAGUCCCUUCCAUGGUAUUACACCUGAAUGUACUAAUGUCAGCUUUAUUUCAAAGAGAGACAUUUAUGGUUGUGUUCAACACGAUUCAAUUCCUGUAAUUUACUUUUGUACUUCGGAGGAGUUGUCAUUGUGUUUGGAGCAACUAUCUGUUAAAAAUCACAGAUUUUAUAUGCAUGUUUUUUCACGUCUGUUUAGAAGGGAAUGCUGACCUGGUCUUAGAUAUUUGCAGAUUUUUUGUAUGUAGUCCUAGUUAGUGUUUUGUGAUAUUUAUUGUCUUUUUUUUAAUUUUUUUUAAUAGAUACAUAUAUAUAUCAACCAAACUUCAUGUACAUUUCCAAAGUUGCUCUUUUCAUUUACAAUCCAAUUGAGGCUUUUUAGUUGACCAUAUAUUUUUGCAAAGACCUUCACAUAUUGCUGGAAUACUUGUUGAAGGGCUAAGUUUUAGAUGCCAGCUGUCUUGUUGCUUUGGCCAAAUGAAUAUUUCUCAUGGUGUCGUUUAGAGUAAAUCAAGCUACCCUUAAUCAUUGAGCUGAUCAGUUUAAUUUUUUUUAUUUUUAGUACAUUUUAGCAAGCUGAAAAUUACAACUGAAAUUGCCAAUAAAUGCAACAAUUUUGGUAGCCAUUUUUGAAUUUAGAUGAAAUUUUCCUUAUUAUUGAUAUUGUUUGAGUUGAUACACAACUUUGGAAUAUAUUGAACAUUGAAAUAUUUUAAAACCAAGAGUGAAACAAAAGUAGUGUUGACUUAAUCUUUGCCUAGCUGAAUCUCCUUCAACACUAUCACUAGUAAUCUGGAAUCAAAGCUGACAAUACAUCAGACAAUCAUACAAUACAAGCAUUCAUGUAGAUUUUAUAAUUAAUGUACUACACAAUGUAUUGUUUUAUUUUAAAAAGUGUAAUAGAGGAUUGAUGUUCAGCCACCUGUGUCUGGAACAUAAACAACUUCAGAAAAAAAUUCAGUCCACUAUGCAUUUUACAAAAAAGUUACCAAUUUUGCUUGUUCAAGGCAAGUCUCUGUAAAAUGGCAGUAUGUCAUUUCUAAAUAUAGAUGUUCAAAGCACUAGCCAAUAGGCUGACUCUUGGGACUUCGAAUUGAUGGAUCUAUAUUUGAACUGAAUGUCCUACUUCCAUCUACAGAGAUGGAUUGACCAAUUGAGAAAUAUGCACCAAGAAAGAGUGAAAUUUCACAUUAAACUUUUGUUUGGUGCAUAGUGGCCUUUUUUUCCUGUUUGACUUGUUUAAGUUCCAGACACUGGUGCCUGUGAAUUUGAUAUUUGGUGUGCUGAAAGAAUCCAGGCAUGUCUACCUCAACAGAGGUUACCUGGACAAGGUUGGAAGACACAAUCCCUCAGAGGAAAUUUCUUGUCCUGGUCAGAUUGCCAGGGUCACAAAAGAAGUUUUUUUUAUGUGAAGUUGACAUGGUUGUCUUAGUACGUCAUGUUUAAGUAAGGAUAUGGGGUAUAUAAAACCUGGCAAAAUUUUUUGAAACUUUAAGAGUUAUUUCCCUUUGGCCAUCGGCUGGUUGGAGAGGUUUUCUUAAGAUUUUCACGUGUACAGGAUAGCAAGUGUCUUCAGGGUUUUGGAGUAGCUGAGGAAUCUCUUGCUGUUGGGGAGUUGAGUGUAUUUUAUGAUGCAAUACACUCACAGACUGAGAAGAAACUGCUAAUGGAAAAGGAAAUUUAUCAGAAAACUGUACCUGCUUUCAGAAGAAAAUGUGAAAGUAAUGAUGUCCAUUUCAGUCUUUGAUACAUCAUUUGUUUCAUAACAACUGAGAAACAAAAUUUUGUCUAAGAAACAGUCGGAGUAUACAUUAAUCAAUAUUGUUACUUAGACCCAACCAUGGGUUUAAUUCUGUAAAGUGACAUAUACUUUUUGUAUAUGUGUGAAUACAUCUGUUACAUUUUUGAUACUGUUAUUAUGAUACAGAGUUCAUUUGUAGGUUAUUCUUAAUAUUUUUCAUACUUACAAGCAUGAAAUCACAGCAGAAAUGAAAAUUUGUGAUUGAAAGUAAAUGGUGGAGAUUAUAAACCAUUAGUAUCACAGUUUGAUCCAGUGGUCUGGGCCUACAGUAUAUUCUGGACAUUUGAAAUAUGAGUUUGUGGUGUACUUUAUAUUAGAACAUCAAAAAAGAAACGGGAGAGAGAAAAAAAUUACCAAAAUAAGUGAAUUGAAAAAUGAGAGAGGAUGGAUAAGAGAUUGCUGUCUGUUUUUAAAGAUUAACAGGUUAUUGAAUGUUCUGAUACAACUUAUCACACAAGAUUAAAACUUAACACUUUUACAUUUUCACUUAAUACAAUGUAAUUUAUCAUAUCAGACUGAUGCAAAGGCAAGGCUUAUAGGACUGGCGUGUGAUUGAAAGAAAAUAGAUAACAUUCUGACUUCUGUAUUAUCGAUCAUGAUGUCCAACAGAUACAACUAUGUUACGGUUUUGAUUUCAUCAUCCAGAAAAUAUUAAAAGGGUUCUGUAUAGACUUAUUAUUGCAGGGAAGAUAUUUACGACCAUUUUUUUUUCAUAAGAUAAUGAGAUACAAGUGAAUUCAAUGUCCAGUAAAAUAAAAAUCGGGAAAUUUUAAUUUAGUAAAAUAAAAUAUGAUUUGAAAUGAAAUUCACAAAAAAAAAAAAAAAACUGACUCAUGAAAAUAACCAGCAAUACUUUUUAUCAUAUGUAAAUAUAAUAUCUCAUAUUUUCACAUUGAAAUCCAGGAUGCAUGCAUUUCUUUACUAUGCACAGAGAUGCAAAUUCUUCAUUGAAAUAUUCCUGUAUACAAGUUUACCUAGAUACUGAUUUGCUGAAUCAGUAAAAUACACACUGAAAUAUUUCUCAGGAGUACUCACUUUUCACCUACAUGUCAGCAUGCCCUGAAAAAUGCAUAUCUGUAGCUCUCUGUCAAUCUGUUACUUUAUUGUAAUAUUGAGACAAUGGUACUUUUACCUGUAGUAUUUGUUCUUGGUAUUUUGUUAUCUUUAUUCAGCAAGGCAAACGUCUGAAAGAAUUAUUUGAUAUAUUUUUAAUGUGUUGAAAAAUCACCUUUUUCUUGCAAAACUUCGUAAGCACAUUCACUACUUCUCUGGUAAAAGAAAUUUAAUGAAAUAGUCGCCCUAUUUCUCUAAAAGUUGCAUUUACCACACAUAUUACUCCCGAUUUACAAGAAAUAUAUGAUUUUUUGAUACUUACAGAAAAAGUACAAGAAGGCACAAAAAUUUGGGAACUGUAGGCCUUAACCGUUUUAUCACCCUGUACGAUACUUGAGUAUGUUGGACAUUUUUCUAUAUUCCGAGUAAAAAGUUAUUUAACAUUAGCAUUAACUUAAUAUGAAUUGGCUGAAUACAGUUUUUAUAUACUGGAUUUUUUUCAUGUCAGUUCGUACCGAUGACUAGCUCUUGUCGUUGUGAUUUUUUUGUUUACUGAUAUAAUAUUCAAGAAAUCUGGAUUUUCUAUACAUAUUUUUGACAGUUGUUAAAGGUAAAUUUUGCAAUUGAGUAAGAUGUUUUUGAUGAUUUGUAGUCAGAGAUUCAUUCCAAAACCUGACGGAACUGUUUCGUGAUGUUUGAAAAAUAUGUAGUUAGCUGUUUACAUUAAUUUCUAGUCGAGGUAGUUGGAGUCGGGUGAAGGGAAUGUGUGAUGGAGGUUGUUUCGUGGUAUUUCAUGUUUGUUAUGAAAGAUCAUCGAAUGAGAACCUGAUGUACAUAAUAAUAAGAUAAAAAAAUGAUUAUAUUUUAUUGAAAACCUGAAUAUCCAUACAAGGUGGUGCAUUUUAUGUAUAGACAGGUUUCGUGGAGGCAUGUUUCCUUAAAUUAUGUCACAGUGUUUUGACAUGUGAUCAAGACUUAGUGUCUUGUGAACAGGAAUCCUUUUUGGUUGUGUGAACACUUAGUGUUCACAGCAAUAUUUCUUAUCAUGAUCAGCAUAACAGGAUAAGCAUUAUUUUUCAUUUUGACAAGGUGAAUAACCCUGUUUCAUGGUGGAGAAUUAAGGCACUGUGUUUCAGGGUGUUCACCAGUAAUAACAAACCCGCCCCUUUUUUUUUGGUGUGAAUGAAUGUAGGUAAGCCAUUUUAAAGGUCUGGAUAGAUGUUAAGAGACCUGCCCUGUUAAUCUAACCUAUAUGGCAGGAGUGCUGUCAGGGGUAUUAGGUCACUUGUGAGAUGCUACAUGAAUGUGUGGUGUGAGAGAGAAUUAGUGAGGAGUUAUGAUGAUUAUAUGAUGUGUAAACAUUAAUAUUAUUUUUGAAGUAAUUUUCCUUAUGUGAUCAUGGUUGAUAUGUAUACCUUUCAUGGGGAAAAUAAAAUGUAUAAGAGUUAA